UGGCGAAUGUGCGGCCGCGGCAUCUUGACAGACUUUCAAAAUAUCUUACCUCUACUUUUAGAUGAAGCUUUGGUAUUUUAUAAUUUCCAUAUCUCUUCGUGUUAUGCACGUGAGUAUCUCACAGAUGAUUCUUUGAGAUCGCGUAGCUGAGGUCUAUUGAAUAUGUGGAGACCUCCAUCUUCUUCCAUACCGAGCGCGCAAACGUUCGCUUCAGCGCCUCCGGCAAAUCAGCAACACAUCCAUCCCAGAUUUCAGACACACUUACAACAACCAGCUAUCAGACAGAGUCCAGUAACCAACCCUGGGGUAGUAGCACCAGUACGGCAUUUGGGUUCUCCUCCCAGAUUACAUGGUCCAUUUCACCCAGCAAUAGCUGGUAUCAAUCCACCAAGGAGUAUUAUACAACCCUCAAUAGCACCUGCUCCAAACUCCUCCUUACCUUUACAGCAGCCCUCUCCGAUGAUUUCAGCCAGAGGAAUGACUGUGACCCAACUCCAGCCACAUAGACCCACGACUUUGCCCUCACCUGUUACAGUUCCAUCUCCAGCCAUACCGUCUUCACCUUUCAAGGGCCCUUCAUGGCAAGUGAGGAGCCCCCAACCAACUGGACUAAAUUUAAACCAGCCACCUUCUUUUAUAGUAUCUACUCCUCCUUCUGUCAACAGAAUCACACCUUCAACCCAGCAGGUGUUUGUGUCUUCUCCUACAGUUCCUCAAAGAGGCACCCCACUUCCAAUACAGCAUUUACCUGUGAAUUUUGCUUAUUCUCCUCCAGUAACAAAUCCUCCAUCUCCAAUGCAGGGAUUUCUUCAGUCAUCUACUUCAAAUUCUUUUAACAAAGUUGCUGGCCCAAUCCAUCAGCCAUUAACAUCUCCAUCAGUCCCUAUAAUGAGAGGGGUCCAAGCUCCUCCAUCUUCAGUAUUCAGUAGUCCACUUUUGCAGAUGAAGCACCCACAGCCAACCUUUAGACCUCCAGUUCUGACAUCACACCCUAGACCAUACACAUCUUCAGUGUCAGCUGUGCCCAGAGGGAUGCUGCCUAGGCCCAGGGGGAUGUCACCUGUGCCCAGAGGGAUGCCAUCUACAGAGGGAGUUCUACAUCAAGGACUGCAGUCAUCACCUUUGAUCAGUUCAGCUUGGCAGGCUAGAAAUCCUCAAUCUGUUCCAAGUUUUAACCCAAGGCUUUCUUUUGCAGCAGGCUUUGACAGACACUUGCCUGAGCCACACUGGAGCAAUGCAGUGCCCAAUAUUCAACACUUUAUUGGUAGAGAAAACUCAGUUCCUUCUCAUUUUGGAAAAAGAAGUAUUCAUAGUAAAAAUGAGAACCAGUCCUCUGAAAUGCAACAGCCCAUUCCUAGCAAAAAGAAAAAUUCUGAAUUCAGUCCUGAUGGUAGACCUCUUUAUCGAAGGACAGGUUCUUACAGAGAUGGACAAAGGGGAAGAGAGCCUGGAAAAAGAAGGAGCUAUAUUCCAGGUGCAGGUGGCAGAGGUAGUCCUCGAGUUGAUCGUUGUUAUUCUCCACCACCCCCAGAUAUUGAGAGAGUGAUAACAUAUCUGGUAUCAGAAGAUUUUUACAUUAAAAAGCAGAGUAAUGAGGGUGAUAUUUCUAUUGUUCAGGGAACAGAAAAGCUUAGUGAACUUCAGAACAAAUUUCAUAAGGAAAUAGUUAAUAUGACAGCUGUGAUUGGUGAUGAUGAUGAGGAGAGUGUUGACAGUGAGCAAAGUAACCACACUGAAACAGAUGUUGGUGAUGUAGAGUUGCUGAUGGACUGUGAAGCCAAUGACAGCUCUUCUAAAUCAUGGAUCAGACUAGGGUCAGGGGUUAGUAAUUCUACAGAAUUCCUCAGUGAUGAGGAAUCUAACAUCGAUGAAGAUGAUAGUGAGAUUGGAAGCAAAAGGUUGGGCAGCAGCAGCUCUGAAUCAGAUGACAGUGAUGAGAAUGAGGAUGACGAGGAAAGUGGGAGCUUUGAUAAUGACAAGAACUUGCAUGAACAAGACCCCAAAGGUUCUUUUGUGGCAGAGACCAGGAAGAGAAAGAUAGAAGAUCCUUGUCGCCUUCAUCCAGAACUUUGGUUCAAUGAAAAAGGAGAGACAAAUGAUGGUCCAGUCUGCCGAUGUAGUUUAAGUGACAGGCAGCAUGGAAUACGUCAUGGUAUCUACCCUGGUGAAACUGUCAUUCCAGCCUGCGACCCUUUAACAAACAAUGCAGACAAGUUGGACCAUUAUUGGGUGACUGUUACACCACACACCAACUUCAUGACAGAGAAUCCAAGUGUCAUCCAGUUUGAUGGAAAGGAUUACACAUUUGAGGGGUUUUCAUUGUUUUCCCAUCAGCCACUUAAAGAUAUACCAAGUUGUUCUGUGAUAAGAUUCAACAUUGAAUACACUCUUCAUUUCAUCACUCAACCAGUUCCAGAGAAUUUUUGUGUCAGAGAUCUAGACUUGUUUACAGAGUUUUUCUUCUACAAAGUGCUUGAACUGGCAGAUUGGGACAUAAAUGGAAAUAUUCAAGAUUCCUGUCAGAGAUUUCACUUUAUGCCAAGAUUUGUUCACAGAUCUUCAAAUGAGAAUAAAUCAGCUGCAAACCAUGAACUUCUUCCAAUGAGCCAUGUGUUGUCCCAUAUUUUAGACUCUGCUGAACCUCUUGUUCAGCCAAGUGAUUUUGCCCUUAAUGCUGACAAAUUGGGGGAAUAUUCAAAGUUAUGUGUCAAUUCUCUUGUCAUGAACCCAAACAAGAAGCCAGCAGCCAUCAGAGUUGACGACCUACAAUUUCAUACAGAUGAUAAGCGAUUGACCAAACGCAAGAUGUAUCCUUACAUUAUGCACCACGGUAUCAGGCCAGUGCAGAUGAGUUUUGCUGGAGAUCCUAGGUAUCAAAAGCUAUACAAGUCAUACGUCAAGUUAAGAACCCUGAUAUCAAACACGGGUACGUGGGCAGUUGCCCGGAUACUGAUAUUGAUCCAAUAAACUUAUGUUAACCUGCCUUUAUCUCGUGCUUAUUUUUUCAGCGCUAUGCGCCGUGAUAUAUUAGCAGAAGUCAGCAGCAAAGGAAUGAUCAAAACUGGCCUCAAGUCUGAUAUCUGCCAGCAUGCUCUACUCCUUCCUGUACUCGUACACCAUGUACGCUAUCACAUGUGUCUGAAAACGCUGGACGAGAAGAUGGGGUACAUAUUCAAAGACCGAUCUUUAUUACAGCUUGCCCUGACUCACCCUUCCUAUCACCUCAACUUUGGUAUGAACCCAGACCACGCCCGUAACUCAUUGUCAAACUGUGGAGUGAAGCAACCGAGAUACGGCGACAGAAAAAUCCGACAUCUGCACACGCGUAAGAAAGGUAUUACCCAGCUGAUACGUGUCAUGUCUAACCUCGGCAAGAUGGAGGAACACCAGUCUAUGAUACGACAUAACGAGAGGCUUGAAUUCCUUGGAGAUGCUGUUCUGGAGUUGAUUAGCAGUGUUCACCUAUAUUUUAUGUUUCCGUCAAAGCCUGAAGGAGGUUUAGCCAUGUACCGCUCAGCUUUAGUGCAAAACAAACAUCUGGCACAACUCGCCAAGAAACUGGGUUUGUCCGACUACAUGCAGUUUUCGCACGGUCCUGAUUUGUGCGUGGAAGAAGAUCUCAAUCAUGCCAUGGCAAACUGCUUUGAAGCCCUCCUUGGGGCUAUGUAUUUGGAGAGUGGUUUAACAUCAACUAAGGUUCUGUUCACAAACGUGGCCUUUGAAGAACAGGAACUCAGAGAUGUCUGGACAAACUUGCCUAAGCAUCCUUUACAGGCUCAACAACCAGACGGUGAUAGACACUUGAUAGCGUCAUCCCCGAUUCUUCAGAAACUGGAGGAGUUUGAGAAAGCAAGUGGAAUUGAGUUUAACCACAUUCGGUUGCUGGCGCGUGCCUUUACCCAUCCACAAGUCGGUUUCAAUAAUCUCACACUUGGCAGCAACCAGCGUAUGGAAUUCUUGGGUGACUCUGUUUUGCAGUUCGUCGUGUCUGUGUAUCUCUUCAAGCACUUCCCUGAACACCACGAGGGACAUCUAACGUUGCUGCGCAGCUCUCUCGUCAAUCAUCGAAUACAAGCAGCGAUCGCGCGUGAGCUGGGACUGGACAAGCUGAUAAACUUUGGAAACCAGGGAAUGAAGUCUUUUCGGGAGAAGCUUCUUGCAGAUAUACUGGAAGCUUUUGUUGCUGCCCUGUACGUGGAUAAAGGUUUAAGAUACGUGGAAACGUUUUGCUAUGUCUGUCUCUUCCCACGGCUCGAGGAGUCUAUCAUUAAUCAAGACUGGAUGGAUGCCAAAUCACAGUUGCAGCAGUGUUGUCUGACUUCUCGCGAGCUAGGAAAAACACCUGAUCUUCCACAAUACAAAGUUCUACAGAACAAGGGUCCUGCUCAUCAUAAACGUUAUACAGUUGCUGUUUACUACAAAGGAAGAAGAAUGGGGUCUGGCGAAGGCAAGAGUAUUCAACAAGCAGAAAUGGCGGCAGCAAAAGAUGCUUUGACAUCUCACUAUUUCCCGGAGCUGGCGAGACAGAAACGUCUUCUUGACCGAAAACAUCAGGGGAGACGACGAAAUUACUGGAACAAAGUACCGCGGAAAGAAUUUGAGGAGAAAGACGAUCGGGUGGAGGUAGAAGUUGUACCUCGCUGGGAAGAAAAGGAAACUAUCGAAAAAGACGACAACUCAGACGUAACACAAGACGAAUGUCAGCCACAAGAAGAGUAAAAAGACAUUUCUGGAAACGCUAACUGUACUGUCAGUGGUAGUGGUGGGGGUGUGGUGGGACCACUAGGAAUUUUAAUUAAGUUAGUCAAGGAUGCUAAACGAAACCCAAAACGAUUGAUGUAAGGGGAAAAUUGCGUGGAAACCUCCAUAUAAAGUAACAUAGUUAGACAGAGAAAAUCAUUGGAUUCUCUUCUAAACGUUGUCCUCUGGAUGAAAAUUGCUUGCUAAAGACCUUGCGAAAAAUACUCCCCUCGUAGAAAAUUGAAACAAAAUUACGUAUUGGUACAACUUGAGAAAUUCGAAAAUCCUCCUUCUUUUAUCCUAUCCUUCCCCAUCUGAGUUUUACUCAUGAUGAGUUGACUCUGCUUUUAUUUAUAUUAGUUACCUAAGGAAGACUUUUGGAGUAAUCUACCAUCUCUUCUUGUCGCUAUAUUCCAAUAAAUUCAGAGUUAAAUAUUUCAAAACAGUUCAAAACUAUAAUAUGAACGUAUUUAAAGUUUUAACCAACUUAUAGUGAAGGAAAUAUUCUAUGUGAAAUUAUUUGAGAUGUAAAGUUUGUUUAUCGUGGAAAAGCUCUUUUAUAUGUAAGUAUGCACUUCAAGCGAAAUACUUUUAUUACUUUUAUAGAGAAAAAAUUAUAAUAAUGGACAAAUGCUUC